AUGAGCUUACGAGGUGUGGUGGCAGCGAGAACCAGCCUGCUGUCUAUACUGCUGCUGGUGCUGCUGAGGAGUGCGACGGCAGUGAAGGCGAGCUCAGGUGGAGGAGGUGUACAGAAGUUUGCGAUGGAACCGCAGGAUCAGACGGCCAUCGUUGGUUCACGUGUGACGCUACCCUGUCGGGUGGUGGAUAAGGAAGGCCAGCUCCAGUGGACGAAGGAUGACUUUGGGCUUGGGUGGCAUCGGAACCUGAGCGGGUUCGAUCGAUAUAUUAUGGUCGGCAGUGAUGAGGAGGGUGACUACUCGCUUGAGAUCUACCCUGUCAUGCUGGACGACGAAGCCCGCUAUCAGUGUCAGGUCGGGCGAGGUAAAGACGGCACACCUGGCAUUAGGUCGCGGUUUGCGACCCUCACGGUGUUGGUGCCGCCAGAACCACCCAAAAUCGUGCAGGGUGACUUCCUGGUCACGACGGAGGACCGUGAGAUUGAGCUCGAGUGUGUGUCAGUGGGAGGCAAGCCUGCUGCAGAGAUCACGUGGAUAGAUGGGCAGGGUACUGUGCUGACGAAGGGCAUUGAGUACGUGAAGGAACCAAUGACGGACACGGGUCGGUACACGGCCAAGUCGAUUUUGAAGCUGACUCCGAAAAAGGAACACCACAACACGUCGUUCACCUGUCAGGCGCAGAAUACAGCUGAUCGGACAUACAGGUCUGUGCGGCUGAAGUUGGAGGUGAAGUACGCACCGAAGGUGAGCGUGUCGGUGGUGGGAGGUGCGCUUGCUGGAGGUCGGAUACCUGAGGGAGCGGAGGUCCGACUGUCUUGUCGAGCAGAUGCCAAUCCAGCGGAUGUUACGUACCACUGGUAUCGAGGAGACGAACCUAUCGUGGGUGACUACACGACUGAGAUGGUGAUUCAUAACGUCACGAAGGAGUACCACGACGCCGUGAUAAAGUGUGAGGUCCACAACGCCGUGGGCAAGAGUGAAGAAAGUGAAAUCCUCGACAUUAGCUAUGGCCCGACGUUCCGAACUCGGCCUCAGUCGGUGGAGACGGACCUCGAGCGGAAGGUAACGCUCGUGUGUGAUGUCGACGGCAACCCACCACCAGAGAUCCUCUGGGUCCACGAAGACACCGGUCGGAUCGUGUCAACGGCGGCAAAUAUCACGUUAAUGGCGACACGAGAAACCGCUGGCACAUAUUGCUGCAAAGCGAGCGUACGCGGCUUCCCAGAGAUCGAGUCGAGUGCAGCUAUUCACCUAAAGGGUCCGCCUACGAUCCGGUCGCCACGACAGCAGUACGGAUCGAUGAACGACAACUCGCAGAUCCAAUGUGAUGCCAUCGCGAUCCCGAAGGCACGCCAGGUGAUCUGGACGUACAAUGGGCUGGAGGUGAACAGCGAGAAUGACCACACGAUUCUGGAGAAUCAUUCGCCUGAAGGCGUCCGGUCGACGCUCAUCAUCCCGAAGAGUCAACGGCAGCACUUUGGCGUGUACAACUGUACCGUACUGAACGAAUACGGUAGUGAUUCGCUCGAGAUCCAGUUCGCGCCUAUGGAGUCAUCCUCGCUGCCAGUUGUUAUCUUCAUCCUUGCUGUCGUUUUCGUCAUCAUCGUUGUUGUGCUCGUGGUGAGCCUGUGUUGCUGUGAUCGCAAGAACAACAAGAAACUGCCACCUGCGGACGUCAUUACGGACCACUACAUGACCGAAAAGACGUGCAAGGAGAGUGACAGGUCAUCGAACGUGAGUGAUCUGAAGAUUGAUCGGGACCACGAGUACUCGGAAACUUGUUCCGGGACCGACAGCAUCGCGACGCGAUUGGCCAUGAAUAUGAUGGGAUCGUCUAGUGGUGGUAGCAACAACAGUGGAGGAGUUAACGGAGGUACUAUGCCUGUUGGAGGUGGAGGAGGUGUGCCUCUGGCGGGUCCUGUGCGAAUUCCCAACGACUACCGUUAUUCCGGUGACUACUCGGAUGGUAUCGGAGCGACGUUACAAGCAAAAAUCGGCCAGAGCAACGGUGGCUACGUGCCGUACGUAGAUUACGCGCAGGACUACAACCUACCGAUGCACAUCACCAGCAACGGUCAGCUGCCGAACGGUAAUCUCAGCCUCACGAGAAAUCGUGAGCUACGCCAAGACAACGGUCUACCGAGUAUUCAGAGUGGCAUGGGUACGCUCUCAGCCGGACUGAUGAAUACAUCUCUCAUGAACGCACCCAGCAUAGACCCGCGGUACAGCGCGACGUACGGCAACCCGUACCUGCGCAGCAGUAGUACACACCUGCCGCCUCUACCACCACCGAGUACCGCCAACCCGGCACUCACUCCCGCACCCCCACCGUACAGUGCUGGUCGACAUCCAACAAGCGCUCUGCUGAUGGGUGUCAACAUCGGUGUCAACUCAGGCAGUGUGAUCGGUAUCGGUUCAAGCCUCACCAGCCCAGAAUCGAUCCGUUCGACGAGUGCCGGUAGCGAUCAGACGUUACAGCAGGUCCAGCAGGCGGGUGCGCAGGUCGCGGCCCAAACAGGUAGUCCUGCACCAGGUCAGUUCAUCCUGCCCGCGAACGGGGACAUCCGCAAGGGGGCGCUCGCGACGCACGUCUAG